AUUACUGUGAAUGCUCGGUGGACGUGUUUCCAACUGGACUGACAAAUUUUGCACAUAUACUGCCACGGUGAAGUAAGGACAUCAUUUCGAAUAGUUUAGAGAAGAUAUCUUUUCAAUAAUCGUAAAUUGUAGUAAUGGAGAAUGAAACCACACCAUCUACUCAAGAUGCACCAGUUGCAGAAAUUACCGAGGAGCAAGUAAAUGUUGAACCAGAUAUGGACCAAAAUCAAAAUAAUAAUAAUGGUACGGAGGCAGAGCCAGAAGCUGAGUCUGCUAUGGAUCAGCCAGAGACUGAAGCCGCUAUUGGGGGAGAAGGGGGUUUAACUGAUACACCACAAACUACAGAAACUACCCAUGGUGAGUCUGAACAAGUUACUAUUGAGCCUGCAGACGGAAAUAAGGGAGGAGAUCAGCACCCUGGGGAUGUAGAGGCUCCUACAGUCGGACAGGAAGAAGCUUCAGCACCCACAGAUGAGGCUAGCACAGAGAACCAGCCUGGCGAAGGGCAGGGGUCUGAAGACACGGGUGAGGGUGGAGCAUUGGCUGAGGAUGAAGCUGAAGUGACCCAGCAGACAGAGAGUGGGGAGCAGGAAGCUAAGGAGCAACACGGAGCAGAGGAGGGUGCUGAGCAGCAGUCUGUUCUAGUGGACAUGGCUGGACAGGAAGCUGAGCAGGAGGCUGGAGUGAUUGAGGGACAGGAGGCCACUGGGACAGAGGGACAGGAGGCAGAACCGACCCCAGCAGAUGAAGAGACCCCAGGAGAGCUUCAGGCAUCUGCAGUAGAAGUACAGGGAGAAGAUGGCGAGAGAGCAGAGAGUCCUAUAGCUGUUGGGGUCAAACUGUCCCGUGAAGGAAGCCCUGUCCUGAUGAUUGACCCUGAUCAAAUGCCAGAGAUGCUCGAGCCAGGCACCCCAGAUGCUUCAGAUGCAGGGGAUGCUGAUUUAUCACAGCAAGAAAUGCUAGAGAUGGAUGAAGAAGAGGCUGAUGAACCUGAGUUUGACAGGGAACAGUUGAUAGAGAGAUAUCAUUCUGCCAUUCAGGAGAGAGAUCAGCUACAACAGCAGAACUACCAGCUACAGCACAAGAUUGCUGAGUACUUCAGGAAGAAGAAAUCUGAUGACAGCCGGCAGGACUUUGACAAGAACGUAUCAGACCAGGAACAGCGUUACAUCAAGUACAUGGCCAACCUGGAGGAGUUAAGGAAACAGGAGGGUCAGGAGCAGGAGAACUAUCGUGUACAGAUUGAGGAGUUGAAGGAGAGGUGUGGGGAGAAGCAGGAGAGGGUGGAAGGCGAGAGACAGAGGUUCAUCGACUUCAAGAAACAGGUGGCUGUUAACUCCCUCAACAGUCGAUCUGGGAAAUGUAUCCCUCCCAAGGACAUAGAGCAGUAUUUGAGCACUGAAAAUAGAAAAGACAAUGAUGUUGUGAAUGUAAGACUGGAAAAUAUCAAAUUGAAAAAUAAACUGAAAAAGAAGGAACAGCAACUCAAGUCAAAGGAAGAACUGGCCGAGGGUCUUCAUCUAAUCGACUUUGAGCAGCUGAAAAUUGAAAACCAGACUUACAAUGAAAAGAUAGAAGAAAGGAAUGAGGAGUUGCUGAAGUUGCGUAAGAAGAUAACCAGCACAGUGCAGGUAUUGACUCACCUGAAGGAGAAGCUGCAGUUUGUGCAGGCAGAGAACCACGUGCAGAACAGUCGGCUGAAGGAAGUGGAAGCAGUGGCAGCUCAGAAAAGAGACGUGUUAUCUAGAACCAAGCAAGCCCGUGACGCUCUGAGAAUAGACAAUCAGAAACUGCGCCAGAACUGUGGUUUGUUAGGUAAUGAGUCUCUGUUGCGGGACUUCGAAGACCAGAGGAACGAAAGCGAUGAGCUGAAAAUGAAACUGGAGCGGUUGAGGAUGCAGCAUGCUGAGCUGACCCUUAACUGUACUCAAGUGCGGAGGAAGAUUGAGCAGGUGCGCCUAAGUCAGGUUUAGUUCUGAGAAAGGAGAAGCUGGAAUAAGGGCUCUGAUUAUAUACCUGUAAUAGGAUCCUCUUGAGGUGACUGUGAUGUUUAACACAACUUAUUUAUUAACUCACGCGCAUCCAGGGUGAUGCACUGUACAUAGAAGAUACCAAAAGAUUGUACAUAAAAUUGUAAUGUUUUGAAUAAAGAUGUAAAUAGUCUGUCCAUACAUGCUUCCUAAUGGCUUACAAUUUCUGUGUGUUGUUGACACAUGCUUAAUACAUGUUCGAAUAAGUCCA